AUGAGCUCCACUGCUGUUAGCGCUGGCGGCGUGUGCGGUGAACCCUGGGAGCGAGUGAGAGUGCAGGUGAGAAGGGCAGGAAGAGAGGAGAGGAAGGAGAGCAAUUGUCGCUCUCCCUCUCACCUGCACCGCUCUCCCUCUCACCUGCACCGCUCUCCCUCUCACCUGCACCACCCUGCCUCCCUCUCACCUGCACCACCCUGCCUCCCUCUCACCUGCAGCAGCCUUUUCUCACCUGCAGCAGCCUUUUCUCACCUGCAGCAGCCUUUUCUCACCUGCAGCAGCCUUUUCUCACCUGCAGCAGCCUUUUCUCACCUGCAGCAGCCUUUUCUCACCUGCAGCAGCCUUUUCUCACCUGCAGCAGCCUUUUCUCACCUGCAGCAGCCUUUUCUCACCUGCAGCAGCCUUUUCUCACCUGCAGCAGCCUUUUCUCACCUGCAGCAGCCUUUUCUCACCUGCAGCAGCCUUUUCUCACCUGCAGCAGCCUUUUCUCACCUGCAGCAGCCUUUUCUCACCUGCAGCAGCCUUUUCUCACCUGCAGCAGCCUUUUCUCACCUGCAGCAGCCUUUUCUCACCCGCAGCAGCCUUUUCUCACCUGCAGCAGCCUUUUCUCACCUGCACCACUCCUCCUCUCACCUGCAGCAACCGGUCCUGGGCGAUUUUGAAGAGCUCCAGAGGCAGAUGCAGCAGGCGGGGAAAGACCUCCAGAGCCUGGCAGCAGGUGGGGAUGGUGGUGUUCAAGGGAGACGUCGUGGGGCAAUGGGGCAUGGGGCAUUAGUCGUGGGGCAAUGGGGCAUGGGGCAUUAG